GACGAUCAACUGAUUUUUUUAUCCCGCUUGUGCCAUAGACAGAACUUCAAGUUAACAAUUACCGCCCCUUGCUUGUCCCAUGGCAACUUUUGAAAAGAGAGAUCCAUUUUCAAGGUGUUGGGGUAAAAAACUUUAAAAUUUUACCCUGUUAUGGAGCCAGAAAUCUUCUAAAAUAGGCCCAAAGCCCACACAGUUACCGAGAAGAUACAGAUUGUCAGUAAUCCACAAACCUACCCAAAACAAUCUCACUUCACAUUUAAUGCUUUUCCCCCUUCUUUAUCCCCCCACCCCACUAUAAAAACUGCCCCAAACUCUUUCCCUUUUUGUUGUGGGGUCAUAAAAAAUCAUCCGUAAAGCUCAAAGUACUACUCCCUCCAUUUUCCUUCAUUAAAAAAAAAACCCUAAUAAUGGGUUCAGAAAUUGUCCUUCACCACAACUUCACCCCAUCCACCGGCGCUGUUGCCGUCGCUGGAAGUGGUGGCGCUAACGCAGUGUCAAAUGACAAAAAUGCCCUUGUGGUGGGUCCCAAAAAGAUGCAUUCUUUAUCUACUAAGAGUACUGCUUCAUCAAACAAAGACAGGCACACGAAGGUCAACGGCAGAGGGAGGCGCGUGAGGAUGCCAGCGUUAUGCGCAGCGCGUGUUUUUCAGCUGACGAAGGAACUAGGUCACCGGACCGAUGGAGAGACCAUCGAGUGGCUGCUCCGCCACGCGGAGCCGGCAAUUAUUGCGUCCACCGGCAGCGGCACGGUCCCGUCGGGGCAUGUCAUCACGACGGCGGAGAGUGUACCCUUGUCCAAGUCACCGCCGUCGAUUUUGGCUCCGGUAAGCCAUGCUCAGUCGGUUUCUGGUUUUCCGGUGAGCGGCGGAAUCUUCUCGAUGACCUCGCCGCCACCGAGUUGCCGGCUCGACUUAUACCAACCGGCGUUGGAAUUUUCUGGUAAUGAGUAUCGACACAUGCCGUUCACGACGUUGCUUCUGCAGCCGGUGACGGCCGAUGACGGCGAGAAAAAAGUCGCCGGUGAGGAUGAGAACAAGUAGAUAUGGAGUCCUGGCAGCUUUUUUUGUGGGGAAGGGGGGGGUCAAUGUGUUAGUUUCUAGACUUAAGGUCCUUUUUUGCUAUAUCCAAAAGAUUGGAAAGGAUUAAAGGAGGGUCAAUUUUUUGGGGUUUUGGUAAAAUUAAUCAAAGGGAGGUUAAUAUUUUUGGGGAUUUUGGUAUAAAAAAGGUUAAUUCAAGGGUAAAGGAUGUUAAUUUCAAAUAUAUAUUCCAUUAGUAACUUUUUGUUUUUUGUAAA